GCGGGGCGGCCGCUCUGGACGGCCCCUUGUUGGUGGCAUAGCUGCAGCGGAGUCGGAGUCGGUGUCGACGUCGUCGUGAGUGUUGGUGUUGGCGGCGGGUCGCGCCCGUUCUUCGCUGCAGCAUGCCCACCGUGGAGGAGCUCUACCGUAACUACGGGAUUCUGGCGGACGCCACCGAGACGGCGGGCCAGCAUAAGGAUGCUUACCAGGCUAUUUUGGAUGGUGUGAAAGGAGGUGCCAAGGAGAAGAGACUUGCAGCCCAGUUUAUUCCUAAGUUCUUCAAGCAUUUUCCUGAUCUAGCUGACUCAGCUAUCAAUGCCCAGUUGGACCUCUGUGAGGACGAAGAUGUUUCUAUCCGGCGACAAGCAAUCAAGGAAUUGCCUCAGUUUGCCACUGGAGAUAAUCUUCCUCGGGUAGCAGACAUACUGACCCAGCUUCUACAGUCAGAUGAUUCUGCGGAAUUCAAUUUGGUGAACAAUGCUUUGCUCAGUAUAUUUAAGAUGGAUGCUAAAGGGACUUUGGGAGGCUUGUUCAGUCAAAUUCUUCAGGGAGAGGAUAUUGUGAGAGAGCGAGCCAUCAAGUUCCUGUCUACAAAACUGAAAACACUGCCUGAGGAUGUGAUGACGAAGGAGGUAGAGGAGUUCAUAUUGACUGAAUCAAAGAAGGUGCUGGAAGAUGUGACGGGUGAAGAAUUUGUUCUAUUCAUGAAAAUAUUGUCAGGAUUAAAAAGCUUACAGACAGUAAGUGGGAGGCAACAACUAGUGGAGCUGGUAGCCGAACAAGCUGACUUGGAACAAACAUUCAAUCCAUCUGAUCCGGAUUGUGUGGACAGACUUCUGCAGUGCACUCGACAGGCAGUGCCACUCUUCUCAAAAAAUGUUCAUUCCACAAAAUUUGUCACUUACUUCUGUGAGCAUGUUCUGCCAAACCUGAGUUCCUUGACUACUCCAGUGGAAGGUCUUGAUAUCCAGUUAGAGGUUUUGAAGCUUCUUGCUGAAAUGAGUUCAUUUUGUGGCGAUAUGGAAAAGCUUGAAUCAAAUUUGAAGAAGCUGUUUGAUAAGUUACUGGAGUAUAUGCCACUUCCUCCAGAGGAAGCAGAGAAUGGGGAAAAUGCUGGUAACGAAGAGCCCAAGUUGCAAUUCAGUUAUGUGGAGUGUUUAUUGUAUAGCUUCCAUCAGCUGGGUCGUAAACUUCCAGAUUUCCUCACAGCCAAGCUGGAUGCAGAGAAGUUGAAAGACUUCAAAAUCAGGCUACAGUAUUUUGCUCGAGGGUUGCAGGUGUAUAUUCGGCAGCUCCGUCUAGCACUUCAGGGAAAAACAGGCGAAGCCUUGAAAACAGAGGAAAACAAGAUUAAAGUGGUUGCCUUGAAAAUAACCAAUAACAUUAAUGUUUUAAUCAAGGAUCUCUUCCACAUUCCUCCAUCUUAUAAAAGUACAGUUACACUGUCUUGGAAACCAGUACAGAAGGCAGAUGCAAGUCAAAAAAGAGCAAGUGAAGAUACAACGUCAAGUUCACCACCAAAGAAAGCUUCGGCAGGACCAAAAAGGGAUGCCAGGCAAAUAUAUAAUCCUCCCAGUGGAAAAUACAGCAGUAACCUGGGUAGUUUUUCUUAUGAGCAAAGAGGUGGUUUCCGGGGUGGACGAGGAAGAGGCUGGGGAGGACGUGGCAGUCGUAGCCGAGGAAGAAUCUACUGAGUAAACCGCUCGAUCUUUCAUGGCCCUGAAGGGCUCAAGUGAAAGCACUGCUCAGCAAGUUUGCUUGGAGUAUCAUUUCCUUCAAGGACUGCCUUCCAUUGAGACUGACUUAAAUGUUCUUUAUACCUUUAUAUGUAUGAUCUACUUUUCUAACGGACUACAACUUGUCCACAGUGAAACUACAGCUGUAUUUUUGGAUGCUUACAGUCAGCAGUUUUGGGCUCUUAUUUUUGAAGUGUCUUCUGGAUUUAUUCAAAAUUGGAAGAAAGCAUAGAUGUUUUAUCAAAAGCUACAUCUUGACAGCUACUGCGUAACUGAAACUAUAUAAUUGAGUUUAUGUAUUUAAAUAGUGGACAGGACAUAAAUGUCAGAUAAGCUUAGCAGCUGAAGUAAUCCUUUCCUCAUCUGUAACCAUACUUUGCAAUAUGUGGAGAAGAGUACUACUGUUAAAUCUGCUUUGAUUUACUUUUUUUAAUAGAAUUGAAUGAAAUACAUGCUGUUUUUUAAAGUUUGCAACAUGGAUCAAAAAUUAUUUUGCUUGUAGCAUGAAUAAGUCCUUUUACUUAGAGAUGUGGAGAACGUGGUGGUGUUUUGUUUGCACCUCUUACUCUUCUCCGUGCAUUGUAAUGCAGAAGUGAUGUUUUGCAAAUUAAUUUUUAAUGUUUAAUAUGAAUAUUGCAUAUAGUUAUGCCGUGAAAUUUCAGUAAAUGAACAGGAAAAACAAAACAAUAAAUGAGCAGAAUUAUUCCAAGAAUGGGUAGAGACUGAAGCAGUGAUUUGGCUUCAUAGGCUGGAGCUGGACCAUAGCAGUGCCUGGCUCUUAUCUAUGUUUUGUAGAUUUCUCAAUUUGUUGGUACUUGAGGGCUGCGUUAUUUGGUUUGAGUUGGGUUUUCUUUUUACCAGUACCUUUGCAUUUAAAAAUAUAUGAAUAAAUUUGUAUUUUGAGUAACGUUGAAAAAUUCCAACUGUGUAUUUCAAAUCAGAUGGAAAAGUUAACAAUUCCAUGCUAUUUUUUUCCAUAGCAGCUUGGGAUUCUUAUUUACUGGUACACCCAGAAAAUACAAUGUAAGAGCACAAUGCUUUUUUUUUUUUUUUAUUCUUGCCACUCAAAAUUUUUACUUCUCAGGUCAUUCAACAUUGAAAAGAAAUUAGCAGAUAGUAAAAAGUUGGGACAGAGGAAAAGAAUUUUGGUAAGUGUUCCAGGGCAUGUUGAUGUAAAAUAGCUUAGGCUUUAGAAGAGUGAAGACUAUUUCUUAUCUUUGCUUUGUCCAGCCAUUUGAUAUUCGCAGACACAGACAAGUUGCUGAUAGCAAUGUUUCCCUACCUAAUUCCAUUUGUAUUUGCUUGUGAAUCUCACUCAGGUGUCUUCAUUAACACUCUUUGAUAUUUAUCACUGCAAUAAGGUCAGAAUACCGAAGCUGUGUCAAAGUUAGAGAUAUUGUCAAUGUUAAAUUAGAAGUCUAUUUUUGCUUAACUCUGGAGCAGUAGGCAGCAAACUUUGGACAUUCCAGGACAUGUGAGCUGACUUUGUAUUUCUGAUUACAUGCCAGCAGAUAAACUCAAAUCUGUCUCUAAAACCAACAAACCUGGCAAAGAGCUUUCAAGGACGAAUUCAUAAGAUCAAAAUGCCACUAUGAAUAUAGGCAGUAGUUGGGUAAUAAACUUCCAUUGGGUGAAAAAAAUAGACAUUUUGCACUUGUGGCCAUAAAUAGCGUUUUGAGGGAUUUAAAAGUAUAAUCUCAAAGCAUAAACAUAACUUGUACUUAGACUAAUAAGUAGGUACUGCACUGAAUGUUGAGUGAGUUUUCUUCAUAGGACUCCUGUUUUUCAGAGGUGAUGUGCAAAGUUCUUGUGGCCUACGAAGUAGUUAGAUUCUUUUUUCUCCCCCUCAGUUUCACGUUUAAUUUUAAUGCAGUGAGUUUUUGUGGAGACCUGUUUACCAUCUUGUUGAAUUGUAAAUGUUCCCUUGCGCUUUUGGAAUAAAUUCAUUUUGUAAUUUU